AUGAAAAGUAAAGGGAAAUCCACCAAAGGUGCAGAAACUGUGAGCGAGUCGAAAGGGAAAUCUGCAGAAGAUGUCACAACAACUGUAAGGGUAGAAAAUUCCUCCAAAAGAGUAAAGCAAGAGAGUUCUGUUGUAACUGUCCAAAGCGCGAAAUCCAAAACGAGAAGUAACAAAAAGCGUAAGCUAGAAAAACAGAGAAAGAGGAUAGACAUAUCGAGUGAUGAAAGCGAUAUUUACUUUUAUAACGAUCUUCAAAGAUGGAAAAACAAUGUUAAGGUACCAAUUUGGCUGAAAAAACCAAAGGACAAAGAAUCAUUAGGCGAAUUUUAUAAAAAUGUGAUAAGGAAAUUAUUAAGAGUUAAAAAUAAAAUAAGAGCUUACAAAAUACAGGAAUCAUACCUAAUAGAUUGUUUACAAAAGUGUAUGAUCGAUCUGAAUUCAAAUUCUACUAGGCCUCUCGAUUUUAUGAAUUGUGAAUUCUUUAACAAGUUGCUAUCACGAAAUAGCGUGAGUGCCUUUUCAAAAAAUGAUGAAAAUAGUUUAGAGAAGGAUAAAUGUUUUACAAAAAGUAAUAACAAUAAUGAAGAACACCUUUCUCAUAACUAUUGGACGCACACGUGUAAAGAAAAUAACGUGAAAUCGAUACAACAUCAGAGUGAUGGAUGUUGCACACAAUGUGAUGAGAUUUUAUAUGGUAGAAACGAAAUGUAUUGUCAAGAAAAACAAGACAAAGUAAAAGUGAAGGGCUCACCAUCAAACACCAAUAAAAGGUGCAGUCAUUCCGUUGAGUCCAACACAGAUAAUAGCAACAAUAGUGAUAAUAACAAAAAAGACAAAAACGAUACACACAUCUGUAAGGAUGACAAUUAUUUAAUGAAAUCCAUAGAAACCAAUGUGAAGGAUUCAGCAGAGGAGAUAAAUAAAAAUAUAUUAACAGAAGAAGAAACGAAAUGUUUAAUAGAACGUUUAAAAAAUGCUAUUUGUAUGGAAGAGAAAAAUAAAAAAAAAGAUUUAAUGAAACACCUUUUUAGUAAGGUAAUUAUUCCUGGUGCAUUCUUUGAAAAUAAUAACUUUUGUCCUAUAUUUAUGAAUUUGUUGAAAUUGGACAUAUACAACACUUGUCGUAAAAAUGAUAUAAAAGUGGAUUCCAAGUUAAUGAACCUAAUCAAAUUUAUGAACAACCUUAAUGAAAAUUCUUUAGAAGAAAUUAAGAAAGGGGAAAAAAGAAAAGGUGAUGAUGAAGUUCUGACGUAUCAAACAGAAUCAGAAAAUAACGCAUAUAGCGAAGAUCACCAUUUUUUUAAAAGUCAAACGUCCUUAUUUAAGUUAUCACAGUAUUGUAUAGAAAAAGGGAUAAUAAUAAAUAAAGAAGUUGUUUCAUUCGAUACUGUUUACAUUUAUACUGGGAAAGAAACUUGUCGUGACACGUAUGCAUCUGAAUGUGCUGAUCAAAAAUACAAACAUAAGAAGAAAAAAUUAGGAACCAAUGAAUAUUUAAAGUAUUCCCUAGAUAUUUCAAAGAAAAAAAAUGAUUCUUUACAUUUUAUUGACGAAAAACAAGUCAUAUUAAAUAAUGAAAUGAAUCAAUUGAACACAUGCAAUAAUGUGGAUUCUUAUGAAAAACAGUUUAACCACACGAGAAUGGAAGGAAAACAUGAAAAUGUUAACACAUAUGUUGAAGAAGGAAACAAAAACGAAAAUUUUUUAUCCAAAGAUAGUGAACCUCAUGUGAAAUCAAAAAAAUAUGCAGAUAGUGUGGAAGUAUAUAAUGUUUCAAACUACUCUGAUGAGAAGGAGAAAUCUCAAUAUGACAAAAUUUAUUCUGGAAAUGGAAACUUUGUAUUAUCAGAGGGGGGGAGAAGUGGAAAUGAAAAAAAAGAAUCGUCUUCGAGUUCGAUGAGCAGUUCCAUGGCAAUAAUUAAAUCUAUAGAUGGAAGGAGUCAAUUAAAGUGUCAUACAACAGUAGAUAACAAAAAGGAUGAGUUGAAAGACUUAAAAAAGGAGUUGAAUGAAAAAAAACAUUUUCUUGAACUUCCAGGGGAAGAAAAUUUAAAGCGAAAUGAUGACAUAGGAGAAAAAUUGCUGAACAGCGAAAAUGUAAUUUUUUUCAAGACAGGUUCAGUAAAAGGUGCCACCAGCGAAGAUGGGUACACGUUGUAUAAACAGAACGAAGUUGAGCAGGUUGAAAAAUGUGAUAAUUUGAAUUUAGCACAAUCCGAAUUUGGAGAUUGUAUGAACCGCGAGAAUACAAAAUUAUGUAAAAGAAAGGUACAGGAAAGUGGUGAUACAAACAGUGAAAUUCAGUCUUGUCAAUUUAACACCUUUGAAGAUUUUUUGGAAAAUCCGAAAAGUGUUAAAAAAAAAAAAGUCCAUAAUAAUAAUAAUAAUAAUAGUAAUAACGAAUUUGAAAGCCUCAGAAGUGAAGAGAGAGAUUCCAUUGGGAAAUAUCAUGACAAUUGCAGCGAUUAUGCAGGGUGUGAUGUGAAGGACUCUCUAGGGUAUCAUGAUGACAAGAGGAAAAAUGAAUUAAAUCAUCUGGAAGAUUAUACAUGCGAGGAAAAAAUUCCCAACCAAUAUUAUAGUUAUAUUGAUGAUAUGAAUUCGUCUAAUCAAAAUACUGAAGAGAUAUCCUUGAAAAAUGUAAACUCGUGUAGUGUUCACUCGUCUAGUGAGCGUCCCCAAAGGUCUCACGAUAGUGAUAGUAACAUUUCUGUUAUUAUAGAAAAAAUUGAUUUUGAUAUAAAUAAACAAUAUACUUCAGAUGAAAAGGGAUUUCAUAAUGUAGAUAUGAAACUGCUUAGCACGAGACACAACAACAACACAGUUUUUAUGAAUUUUCAGGAAGAGAGGAAAAAGCGAACUAACAUGGAAAAUGAGGACAUGAAAUCAGCCACAAGAGGCUUUUGUGAUAAUGCAAAUAUCGGAUCUGUCAUAGUGAUGAAGGAACAUGUCAACUGUGUUAAUACAAAAUGUCUUCCUAAAGAUAUUUUCAACUCGGAGGUGAUCAUUUUGGAAGAUGAAGAUGAGAUUGAUGGAGUAGAUGUAGGGGCAGAGGUAGGAGAUGCAGAGGCAGAGGUAGGAGAUGCAGAGGCAGAAGUAGGAGAUGCAGGGGCAGAAGUAGGAAAUGUAGGGGCAGAAGUAGGAGAUGCAGGGGCAGAAGUAGGAAAUGUAGGGGCAGAAGUAGGAGAUGCAGGGGCAGAAGUAGGAAAUGUAGGGGCAGAAGUAGGAGAUGUAGGAACAGAUGUGAGAGCAGAAUAUGCAGCGAAAUGCAAAGGAAAUUCUGCAGUAGACAAGGACACGUCCUGCAUAAAUUUUUACCAGAGGAAUGAAGAAGAAGUUCGGACUUUGGUUGAGAAAAGCCCGAUAUGCAACCGUGAUAGUUCCUUUGAGGAAAGUAAAACAAAAACUAGAGGCGAACUUUCCAUUUUGAGCAUCGAUAUUAACAAAGCAAAUAAUGUAGUACUGGAAGGACUGAUGGAAUUUUUCGGCCUAAAGAGCAAAAGACUUUCGAGAAAAAUCCUAAUCAGUGAGUUGACAAAAAUACAAAAUUAUCUAAACGAACAAUGUGAAAAAAUGGAGAAUGAAUAUCCAUCUUUGGUUCCUAUAACGAAGUGUCAUUUAAAAUCAAGGAAAAGUAAAAGUAUCGUAAAUUCUAAUGAAAAGCAAAAUAGCACAAAUUAUGAGAAGGUAGACAAAAAUAUAAACAAAAUAUUUACAAAUUUGGCUAAUAUGAAAAAUCCUUUGAAUGGUCAAAUUAGCAGUGUAUUGCAAACAGAGGUAAAAAGUUUUUGUAAAAGUGACAAGUUACUGGAUGGAACUCUAUUUACUGUUUCUCAGAUGAGUGAUAAGUUCAUACAUGAAGAUUCUUUAAAUGAUGACCAAGACAAAUUACAAGAAGAUUACCUAAAUCGUAUGAAAAGUAAAAUAAAACAAAUGGAAUUAAAAUCGUUAUUUGAAACCAUUGAUGAAGCCAUUGGUGUUAAUGAGGAACUACAUGAAUAUAUAAAAAAGGAAAAGCAAAUAGAAUAUUCUGUUUUAAAAAGGUAUCUAGUUGAUUGCAAAUUAAAUGUCAACAGAGAAGUUAUCGUGUUAUACUGUAAAGAAAAAAAUAUACAACUUGUUCAUUUAAGAAAAAAGCAAAAGUGUGAAGUAAGGGGAGAAGUACAAACCACAUCUUCAUUUAUCAAUUAG